AUGGCGUCCUCCUCUCCGGGCCUGGCCGGGCCCCCCCUCAAACCCAGCACCAGCACCACCACCAAAAGCAGCAGCAGCAGCAGCAGCAGCAGCUCGUACGACUCUGCGGGUUGGUGGAGCCGUUUGUUUUUCUCGUGGCUGUCUCCUGUGAAUGUGCGGUGUCUGGGGGGCUCUGUGCGGCCGCAGGAGCUGCCGGGUUUGCCAGCAGCAGAUCUGCUGCAGCUGCAGCAGGGGCCCCUGGGGGCCCUUCUGCUGCAGGAGGAGAAGACCCGGGGGGCCCCCUCUGUCUUGCGGGCCACCCUGAGGCUCUUCUGGGGGCCCCUCGCCACAGCCUUUGCCUGGGCUGUUCUUAAAGAACUCCUCAGCUUUGCAAAUACUUUGCUGCUGCGACAAAUUCUAAAAAGUGAACAAAUGAACUUCCCCGGCUUCUGGGCCCGCGGCUUUGCUGCUGCUGCAGCUCUGUCUGUGCUGCAGCUGCUGCUGGUCUUUCUGGACAGCCACUUGGACUUUUAUAUUUGUCGCACUUCCAUUCGAGUGGAAGCAGCUUUGUUGAAUUCUCUUCACGAACGAAUUCUGAACUUUGAAAAAAGUCCCGAGUUGGCGCUGGUGGUUCCGGGGUGUACAUACACCCCAGCACCCGCGCCGCGGGCGCCGGGGUGUUGGCUCCAGCUGUUUGCCGGCAGUUUUGACUUUACUUGUAAUUGUUUUUUUUGCGAUUUGUUUGGAGGUCUACAACAGCAGUUUGAAAGUGCCUUUUAUGAAAAGAAGAGACAAAAGGAUCGAAAGGACGCACGAGUGUCUUUCGGAAAUGCGGACUUUGCGGCUUCUUGGUUGGGAAGAAGUUGCACAAGAAAUUUUAAAAAAAGAAAGAAAUCAAGAACUCAGUUGGAGUUCUUUUCGCAUGCCCUCAACAUGAAAGCUGAACUUGUUAUUCCCGUUAUUCAUGUUAUGGACAACUUUGUGGGGCCCCUUGCAGACUUGCCCUACACUUUGUCCACUUUAAUUGAAGGCCAAAUUUCCCUUAGCCGAGUCAAACGCUUCUUCUUCACUUCGCGUCCAGCAGCAGCAGCAGAAGCAGCAGCAGCAGCAGCAGAAGCUGCUGCUGCGGUGGAGGCAGAGCAGCAGCCCCUGCUGAGUCCUCGCCUAAGAGAAAAUGGAAGAGAAGAAGAAGAUGCAAUGAAGGAACAAGAGCUGCUUGAUAUGGCCCAGCAGCUGCUGCAGGCUAUACAAGAUUCAACGCUGAGGGUCCUUAUGGUAUCUGCUUCCUUCACUUGGCAUCCUGGCCCUGUCUACACUCCCGAGGCCUACCCCGUGAGCCCCCCAGCUGCCUACAGCAGCAGCAGCAGCAGCAGCAGCAGCAACAGCAGGUUGUGUCUGAGCAGCAUCAACUUGGAGCUGAAGUGCGGGGAGGUGGUCCUCGUCACGGGCCCCCCCGGCAGCGGGAAGAGCAGCCUAAUCCAGGCAGUGCUGCGUCGUUUGGAGCUGCAGCAAACUGGAGGGGCGUUGUACAUAGCAGCAGCGCCAGCAGCAGCAGCAGCAGCAGCAGCAGCAGCGCCUGUGGGCUUCGUGCCGCAGGAGCCCUGGCUGUGCGGGGGCACCGUGCGGGAAAACAUAACCUUCGGAGAGCCCUUUGAAAGCAGCACUUAUGCUGCAGUUGUUGCUGCAUGCGAGUUGGGGGCGGACUUCAGCAGCUGGGCUCACGGAGAUUUGCGAAAAGUCGACGAGGGGGGCCUCGAUUUGAGCGGCGGGCAGCGCGUUCGAAUCGGCAUCGCUCGAGCUGUCUACUGCUGCAAACUGCACGAGCUGAGGACUCGAAAAAGUCCAGAAAGAACAAAAAUAACGCAAAGUGAAGUGCGGCAGCGCGCGGCGGCGCAGCUGGAGUCUGAGGUGUACAGACACCUCGCGGCCGCGGCGGCGCGGCGGCGGCGCGCGCCGCUGCUGCGCACUUUUUUGGAAAUGGAACUUAAAGAAAAAAAUAAAGUCCAAAAUGAAACAGAAUUGCAAAAAGAAAUGCAAAAAGAGAGCUCCGAACUCGGCUGUUUGCUCUGCUUCGACGAGUGCUUCAACAGCCUCGACUUGGCCGUCGCCGCAAAUCUCUUUCAAAAUUUGUUCGGCCCAAAAGGCCUUUUAAAAAACUCCGCAGUUUUAAUUUGCCUCAACGACAACUCCCUCAUAGGCCUCAUGCGCCAGCAAACGGCCCACGCAGGCCCCGAGCAGCAGCAGCAGCAGCAGCAGCAGCAGCAGCAGCAGAUGCGCUUCACCAUUUGCAGACUCGUCAAGGGCGCCAUUGCCUGGCGCGGCGGCGUCGCCGAAUUCACAGCAGCUCUCGGCGCCCCAGCACCUGCAGCAGCAGCAGCAGCGGGAGCAGCAGCAGCAGCAGCAGCAGCAGCAGCAGCAGCAGCAGAGGAGCCGCUGGGCACGAUUGAGAACAUUUGGGCGGCACAGGACAGCAGCAACAGCGAGGCGGCGGGUGUACGUACACCCGAGCAGCAAGCAGCAGCAGAGCCCGAAGCUGCUGCAGAUCUUUUCGCAGAAAUAAAAAGUGAAAGAACUAUUCCUCUAACUGAAGAAAUUGAAAGUGGAGUAGUUGGGCUGAAGUCUUAUUUGUGGUACUUGAGACAAACUGGAAGAGUUUUGUCCAUUUCUUUUUUUCUAAUUGUCACUUUCGGAAGCAUUUCAGAUGUGCUGAGUGACCUCUGGCUCGCGCGCUGGACAACAACGGAGUCCCCAGAAGACUCCGACACAGCAGCAGCAGCAGCAGCAACCAGCAGCAGCAGCAGCAGCAGCAGCCUGCGCGCCGCCCUUGUGCACGAGCGCUUCCUGCUUGUGUUCGUCGGGCUGUCUUGUUUGAACAUGGUUUUUGAACUUUGUGAAAAACUUGUGGGAGUGAAGGGCUCGAUGAAAGCAGCUCGAAAAGUGCACGAGCAGCUGUGGUGGGGUGUAUGUACAGCGCCGCUGUGGUUCUACGCGCGCAACCCCGUGGGGCGGAUUCUGAAUCGGUUUGCGAGCGACAUUUCAAUAAUUGAUUUUGGAAUUUUGCGGAGAAUCGGCUUUUCGUGCACAGCUGCAGUGUCUUGCGCGCUUUCGGUCGCCGUCCUCAGCCUCGCCUGCCGCUGGGUACUUCCCCUCUGGCCUUUGAUGAUCAUUUCUUUUUAUUUGAUGGUUUUUCGAUAUUUCCGGAGCUCUUCGCGCGAAAUUCAAAGAGCUUCUCUCCUCUCCUUCUCCCCAAUCCUCUCAGCCUUCAGCGAGGCCCUUUCUGGCAAAGAAAUCAUUUCUAAUCUCCAAAAACAAAACUUCUUCCAAACUCAUUUCUUAACGCAUUUGGAACUCUGCCAAAGAACCAAACUCACGCAGUGGGGAGUCAACUCCUGGUCCAACAUUCGGCUGCAGCUGCUGCUGUUCCCCCUCAUCGUUUUAAAUGCAACUCUUCCGCGGCUGCUGGAGGCUUCGCCGUUUGCGCAGGGUGUGGGGUCUUCAGGUGUACGUACACCUGAAAACCCCACAAACAUCGGACUCGUCGGACUCGCCAUUUCUUAUUCUCUUUCCAUUGCAGGAGCCCUCAGGCGCUUUCUUACUAAUGUUACUGCAACCGAAAAGGACAUGUGCUCCGUCGAGAGGGUCCAGAGCUACUUGGAAGACACGGCCCCCGAGCCAGCAGCAGCAGUAGCAGCAGCAGCAGUUUCUGCUGCUGUUCUCCCGCAGACCCGCACCGGAGUGCAGUUCAUUAAUGUGGAAAUCCGCUACCGUACAUACACCCCAGAAGACGAGGGAGUUCUUAGCGAAAUGACCCCAGAAGGGCCCACAGGGGGCCCCCCGGGGGCCCCCCCCGGGGCGCCCGCGGGGGGCCCCCCAGGGGCCCCCCCAGGGGGUCCGAGGGACCUGGAAGCCGACGGCGCAGCAGCAGCAGCAGCAGCAGCUGCUGCUGCUGCUGCUGCGCCUCGGCGGCCAGCGUAUCUGCUGAAGCCAAGCAUAAUGGACUUCUCCGCGGAAGUGAAGACAGGAGAAAGAAUUGGAAUUGUAGGGAGGACAGGAGCUGGCAAAUCGACGCUGCUGCAGGCGCUGUUUGGCCUGGUGCCCUGCCACAAAGGCCAGAUCUUAAUAGAUGGAGUUCUUUUGUCUUCUUUGUCUCGAGAUUUAAUUAAAUCCAUUAUUGGUUAUUUGCCUCAAAGGUCCAUUAUCUUCGAAGGAUGGAGAGUCAAAGACGUCCUCGACCCGCGGCACGUACACUCGGAAGCCACUCUCUGGAAAGCUCUGCGAGCUGUUGGCCUCGAAGAAUUAAUUUCUUCUCUUCCGGGAGGCUUGCAGCUGGACACAGUAGUUGCUGCGGACACAGCAGCAGCAGGCUUCGGCAGCAGCAGCAGCAGCAGCAGCAGCAGCAGCAGCAGGUGCACGCUCUCGGCCCGCCAGCUGCGCUACUUGGCUCUGGCCCGCCUCAUCGCAGACGAAGACAAACUGCGAGUGGUGCUCAUUGACGAGCCGCCUGCAGAAGAGCUGUGGGGCGAAGUCAUCGGCAACAACCUGCAGCAGCAGCAGCAGCAGCAGCAGCAGCAGCAGCAGCAGCAGCAGCAGCAGCAGCAGCAGCAGGAGGGGGAGGAGUCUGCCGUUGGGGAGGACGGCGGAGCGCCGCAGGGCGGCGCGCCGGGCGCCCUGCCCGCCGCCUUCCCCCCCCCAGCAGCAGCAGCAGCAGCAGCAGCAGCAGCAGCAGCGGGGCGCGCAACUGGAGAAAUUCUUUCGCAGCACUUGCUGCAGUGCUGUGUCUUCGUUGUGGCCCACCACCUCUCGUCCUUGCGGGGCUGCCAGCGGGUGUGGGUGUUGGCUGGGGGCCGCAAGGUGGGGGAGUGCAGUCCUGGGGAAAUAGACUCGGAGUUGAAGUUUCGACUUUUCGUAAAAAAGUGCCUCCAAGGCCAAAAUUGA